UGUCAGAGCAGCCUGUCGCGUGCACGCUGUGCGCCUCCAUCUGGAAUUAAUUGAUUAACGACCUCAAAUGCGCUAAAGACGCGCCGGGAUCUCGGUCCACCUCUGGAUCUUUAUCUGCCCCUCACUGAGUGUUGAACCUUGUUUCUCUGACACCUCGCCAGGAUGAGGGCUGUUGUUCUCGGCGUGGCUCUCGUGUAUCUGCUGACCUGGACAGGAGAAGCCGACAAACAGACUCAUCUCAAGCGGGGGCAGCUGCACCGACGCGUCAGACCGGGACAUGCCCAGGUGGGCUCAUCGAACAGGGAGCGCCUGGUCGGACGUUUGCGCCCCGGGUUCAGUUCGGCUAUCUCGGUACACAGCCCCGCAAACGGGGGAGAUGUAGAGGCCGAUGAGGGUGUUCCAGUAGCCGCGCAGGGCAGGAGGGCAGUGGUGCCAAGGAGAGGGGCGGCCGGGCGGAUCGGCCUGCCCAGUCAGCCGGACAUGCAACAGGAUGAGGGCGCGCCGGGGGCGAGGGCCAGGGUCGCGAGGAUGCCCAGCAGCUCCGGGUCACCGAACCUGCUGGCCAGUUUCGCGGGGAAGAACCGCGUCUUGGUGAUCUCAGCUCCUCACGACUCGGACGGCUACUACAGGCUCAUGAUGUCACUCCUCAAACCGGAUGUGUACUGCGAACUGGCCGAGCGACACGUCCACCAGAUCGUGAUGUUUCACCAGGAGGGAGAGAUGGGGGGCAAGGUGAGGAGGAUCACCACGGAGGGGAAGGUGAUGGAGGAGCCGCUGGACACAGCUCUCAUCCCCAGACUCAUGAGCUUCCUCAAACUGGAGAAAGGUAAGUUUGGGAUGGUGCUGCUGAAGAAGACCCUGCAGGUGGAGGAGAGGUACCCCUACCCCGUGAGGCUGGAGGCCAUGUACGAGGUGAUCGACCAGGCGCCCAUGAGGAAGCUGGAGAAGCUCCGGCAGAAAGGCUUCGUCCAGAAGUGUAGAGGAGCAGGUGUGGAGGGUCAGGUGGAGCAGGGCACGCUCACAGACACACCUAUAGAAAGAAAACCAGGGAAAAAGAUCCUAAGGAAGCCCAUACACACAACAACAACCACCACCACAGCUACCACGACUACACGACCAACCACAACGACUACAACCACCACGACUACAACCCGGCCCACCACCACCACAACCAGAGCCACAACAACAACAACCAAACCCACCACUACCACUACCAGAAGAACCACCACCACCACCACGAGAAGACCCACCACCACCACCACCCAGAGACCGACCAGAGCCCACACCACGGCCCUGUGGCUCCCGGCCCCCAGAACCACUGCUGACCCUUACUACGACAGCCGCAGAGAGAGGGAGAGGUACCCGGCUAAAACCACGCCGGCCGGAGACAACCGCACCGACAAGGACAACAGAGACCCCCACAGCCGCAAGCUGGUGCCCGCCACACACAGGCCCUCCAAGAUCAAACCCACCAAGAAGAAGAACGGAGGAGAGAAGGUGUUGACUAACGAGUACGAGGACAAGUACGAACCCAGCAAGCCGACGGUGGGGGAUCCAGAUGAGACCGAAACCUUCACUGACAGUAGUCCCACGAAGAAGGUCAAGGGCAAGCACAAUAAGCAUGACAAGAAGAAGAAGAAGACCGACAAGGCGGCCAAGAAGGCAGAGAGGAGAGGAAAGGCGGGAAAAGAGGGGAAGAUCGGGGGAAAGAAAAAUGGAAAGAAGCUGUUGAAGUACCCCGAGAAAGAGGACUACCCGAAACCCACUAAGAGGCCAACGCCCCCUCCGAAGGGAUCUUUGACCUCCUUCCUGGACUACUUUGAGAACAGGAGGCGGCUGCUGCUGAUUACGUCCCCCAGUGAGGAAAACAGUAUGUAUGUUCAGCAGAGGGAUGAGUACCUGGAGUCUGUGUGUGAAAUGGCCAUCAGGAAAGUCUCCAUCAUCACCAUCUUUGGCUCCCUGACCAACUCCACCAUGAAGAUCGACCACUACCAGCUGGAGAACGACAAACCCAUGAAGGGUCUUCGUCAGGAGGACCUGGUGAACCAGGAUCUGAUCACAGAGCUGAGGAAGGAGUUCAGCAUGACGCACGACGACUUCUACAUGAUCCUCACCGACACCGACAUGAGAGUCAAGCAAUCCUACGAGGUUCCCAUCGCCAUGAAGGCCGUGUUCGACUACAUCGACACCUUCUCGUCCCGCAUCCGAGAGAUGGAGCAGCAGAAGAGAGACGGCGUCGCCUGUAAGAAGGAGGACAAGCCCAGAUCGCUGGAGAACUUCCUCUCCAGGUUCCGCUGGAGACGUCGCCUGUUCAUCAUCUCCGCCCCCAGCGACGAGGAGUGGGCCUAUCAGCAGCAGCUCUACGCCCUCACCAGCCAGGCCUGCAACCUGGGUCUGAGGCACAUCGCAGUCCUGAAGUUGGUCGGCACGGAGACGCCGGAUAUGGGCGGAGUCUUGGAACUCUAUCCUAUCAACGGAACUGCUACGGUGGAGCGCGAGGGUCUGUCCGCCACCCUGGUGAAGGACAUGAGGAACUACUUCCAGGUCAGCCCGGAGUACUUCUCCAUGCUGCUGGUGGGGAAGGACGGCAACGUGAAGUCCUGGUACCCGUCGCCCAUGUGGUCCAUGGCCAUCAUCUACGACCUGGUGGACUCUAUGCAGCUGCGCAGACAGGAAAUGGCCAUCCAGCAGUCACUGGGCAUGCGCUGCCCCGAGGACGAGUACGGCGGCUACGGCUACCAUCAACACGGAUACGAACACGGUUACCAGGACGGCUAUCACCAGGGUUACGGUUACUAACUGGGUGUGUGUGUGUGUGUGUGUGUGUGUGUGUGUGUGUGUGUGUGUGUGUGUGUGUGUGUGUGUGUGUGUGUAUGAGUGUCUGUGUUGUGUGUGCUAACCAACGAGUUAACUUCUCCCUCUGCCCUGCAGCUGGUCAUGACCUCAUGACCUUCUUUAAUCUUUCCUAGCCAUCCUCUGCAGGGCUGUGGUCCGUGAAUGUUUCGUAGCACUUAGUGGAAGCUUCCAAGCCGUGGCUUCCACCAAUCACAGCUCUUCGAUAUACAGUAUAUAGAUAGACUGCUGCAAGUAACGGGGCUUUACUCAGAGCUGGUUAGUCAGUAACCGCGCAGAUGGUCCUGGAGCUUCAGGGAUCUGUCGUCUACUUUAGUUUUGAUGUUUUAUUUUGAGUGUUUUGCACGUCGUUACGUUACGUUUCCUUCACUUGCCUUCCAGGUCAAAUUUACCUAAUCACGUUCAGUAUCAGCACAGACCUUUAUUUUGUAGAUAAUGGGCUAAAGAUAAGACAUGUGUAUUUAUUGGACAUCUGUUGCUUUCGAGGUGCAGUUAUGAAGAAGAAGCUGUCACGUUAUUUCUCUUUUGUAAAGUUUCUGUUGCUAUACAAUGUUCUUAUUUAUACUCUAUUGUCCUAUAUGAAAAAUAAACAUUU